UCAGCUAUAAAAGGGAAUCUUAGGCAUAGGGACGCACUGAUCCGUAAGGCCGUUGUGGGUGAUGUUUUGAUAAGCACCACAACAAUAUACACUUGCUGUAGUGUCUUCUGCGUUCUUCUGAAAUCGAUUUAG